AUGAAGGAGCCUUGUUUUCGAUGUAAACGACCAACUUAUUUCAACGAUAAAAUUGGUCCGCUUAAAGAUGGCGUCUACUGCGCCGGGCACGUACCAACUCCUGGACCACACGAUCCGAUUCCACAUCGAUCCAAUUUGUUAUACAGUCCGAAAACAAAAGGCGAAUAUCCGUACAAUUUGAUGAGGCCUAGCGGGCCUUGA